GACAGCAGACAAACUCCACACACACUCCAGGAGAGGCCGGCUGGGCUGGGUCUGUAGUUCCGUUUCCCCUCCGCCAUAACGGACUCAUCCCGGGGCCGCGGAGACACCACUAAAGUUGCAUUGUAAAUAGUUACGGUCACGUUUUUACCUGUUAUAUGUGUUACACCUGGACCACCACAUUACCACAGAAUAGAGGAGGAACUUCAACUGGAUUUACACACGUUUUCCGGACCGUCGAGGAUCGUCCGGGACUAAAGUUCUGAUCAAGUUGAGCCUCCGGUAUCCCUCGGUGCUUCCUCUCUGCUCUGCUGUCAUCACCUCCUCCUGCAGUGCAUGAGCACAGCCGUGCUUCAUGCCGAUGUGAGCGCAGCCUCGCUCCCUCUCUGUGUGUCGCCCUCCUCUUCCUCGCCUGCUGCUCUCUCUGCUCCGUGAGCCUCACUGCCACUUUGAGCGAUGUGUGAUAACGGAGACCCCGAGGACAAACCCCCCGCCCCCCCGGUCAGGAUGAGCAGCACCAUCUUCAGCACCGGCUCCAGCAAAGACUCGCUCUCAGCCAAUCACAGCUCCAAACCUCUGCCGUCUGUGCCCGAGGAGAGGAAACCUCGCAACAAGAUCAUCUCAAUCUUCUCCGGGGCAGAAAAAGGUGGUAGAAAGAAAGAUAGAGACAAAGAACGACCAGAGAUCUCACCGCCGUCAGACUUUGAACACACCAUUCAUGUUGGCUUCGAUGCUGUCACCGGAGAGUUCACUGGCAUGCCGGAGCAAUGGGCCCGACUACUGCAGACCUCAAACAUCACCAAGUCCGAGCAGAAGAAGAACCCACAAGCCGUGCUCGACGUUCUCAAGUUCUAUGACUCGACAGGAAACGGCCGACAGAAGUACCUCAGCUUCUCAUCCUCAGAAAAAGACGCGUUCAGUCCCGGCCCUCAGUCUCCGGUUAAGAAAGGAACUGAGCCGUCUUCUCCAAACAUCAAAGCUAUCGAUGAUGAUGACGAUGAUGAAGCUCCUCCUCCCAUCGUGGCGCCGAGACCAGAACACACAAAGAGUGUGUACACUCGCUCUGUCAUCGAUCCUCUCCCCGCUCCGAGCACCGGCGUGGACGGAGACGUCGCCUCUAAGGCGGCGGACAGACAGAAGAAGAAGGGGAAGAUGACGGACGAAGAGAUCAUGGACAAACUGAGAACCAUCGUCAGCAUCGGAGACCCCAAGAAGAAAUACACCAGAUAUGAGAAGAUUGGUCAGGGGGCGUCAGGAACCGUUUUCACAGCCAUCGAUGUCGCCACGGGACAAGAGGUGGCCAUUAAACAGAUUAACCUCCAGAAACAGCCGAAGAAGGAGCUGAUCAUCAACGAGAUCCUGGUGAUGAAGGAACUGAAGAACCCGAACAUCGUCAACUUCUUAGACAGUUUCCUAAUGGGGGAGGAGCUGUUUGUGGUGAUGGAGUACCUGGCUGGAGGCUCACUGACAGACGUGGUCACAGAGACCUGCAUGGACGAGGCUCAGAUAGCUGCUGUCUGCAGAGAGUGUUUACAGGCGCUGGAGUUCCUGCACGCGAACCAAGUCAUUCACAGAGACAUUAAGAGUGACAACGUCUUACUGGGGAUGGACGGCUCCGUCAAACUGACCGACUUUGGCUUCUGCGCCCAGAUCACUCCCGAGCAGAGCAAACGCAGCACCAUGGUGGGCACGCCGUACUGGAUGGCUCCUGAGGUGGUGACCAGGAAGGCGUACGGGCCCAAAGUGGACAUCUGGUCUCUGGGAAUCAUGGCCAUCGAGAUGGUGGAAGGAGAACCUCCGUACCUGAACGAGAACCCGCUACGAGCGUUGUACCUGAUCGCCACCAACGGCACCCCUGAGCUCCAGAACCCUGAAAAGCUGUCUCCCGUCUUCAGAGAUUUCCUCAACCGUUGUUUGGAGAUGGAUGUAGAGAAACGAGGCGGAGGAAAAGAGCUGCUGCAGCAUCCGUUCCUGAAGCUGGCGAAACCGCUGUCCAGCCUCACGCCGCUCAUCCUGGCAGCCAAGGAGGCCAUGAAGGGCAACCGUUAGAGGACGAGACGCGCCCCCCCCCUGCCUCCCCAUGCUGUGCACUGAUGAUGACGUGCCAACCUUUUAGAUUUUCGUGCCAGACAAUAGGCUGAGAGCGACUCUCCGCUCUCGACGCAGCAGCCUUAUCAGCCCUGACAAACCUCACUGUGAAGAAGACCAAAAAUCUAGAGCACAACUCCACCGCUGUCCACGUGAACUCUACCCUCUCUCAGACGUCAGAAGACAAGUCAAACUAAAGUGCUUAGUGUGCGAGUCCGGCGUAGUUGUUUUAUAAACAGAUCUCUGGUGACACGUCGGGGCUAGGCUUGUAUUUAACUUGGAAUGAAGAAGAUGCCUAGUUCUGUUUAGUCUUUUUUUAAUCAACUGCCUUAAAAACAAAUGCAAAAUGUUGCCUAAUGUAUUGUUGAUUUGUGUCGAUGUUUCUGUUCCCAUGAUUUUUACUACCUUUGUAAUUUCAGCUCGUCAGUGUCUUAGUUAUUUUGAUACUUGAAUUUCAUACGUGUCCCCUCCUCCUUACGUAGCUCCUUCAGUGAACACUCGUCGAUAUUUCUACAUGUUUUAUGGACAUUUUUCUCUUACCAGUUUUAUAGGAAAUAUUUCAGUGCAUUCGUCAUCAUAAACAUGUGCUGAGAUGGUGUCAGUGUUUGACCUGACAGACCUACUGUACCAGCUCUCCCCCACCUGUUUUCAUUAGUCUCCUGAUACCAGAGGUGCACCUUACAGGCAAAUUAAGAUGUUAGAUGACAGGGUUUAUACUUUCUUCUCUAUUGUUGUUAUUAAAAAUGAGUAUUGUAUGUCCAACUCUGUCCUUUGUGUUCUUCUGGACUAAACAAAUGCGCUUUCCCUGAUGUGUAUAUUGUGUACUUAAUAAGUUUGAGAAAAGAAAACACGGCCGUAUCAUCGUGGUUAGCCGUCGAAGGCUCGUAAAGACAAUUUGAUGCCUGUUUUUUUGUCUCUCCUGGACGACUAACAACCUUGUCUGCACACUCAAAUAAAUGCGACUGUUUGUUUUUUUGUGA